AUGGAUCAAAAACUUUCAGAGUUGAUAGAAGAGCUCACAACUUCGGGAGAGCCCCAACUGAAUCCUGAGAAAAUAAAGGAGCUGAAGAAAAUUUGCAAGUCUUCUGAGGAGCAGCUCAGCCACGCCUACCGCCUGCUGAUGUCACAGCUGUCCCGGGAGCAUGCCGAGAUCCGCCUCUCAGCCUUCCAGAUUGUGGACACGCUCUUCACCAGGUCUCACCAGUUCAGGAUGCUGGUUGUUUCCGACUUCCAGGAAUUCCUGGAGCUCACACUAGGCACAGACCACGAGCAGCCCCUCCCGCCCCCCAGGGAGGUGGCCCAGAAGCUGAGGCAGGCAGCCAUCCAGGCUGUGGAAGGCUGGAAUGAGAAAUUCGGAGAGGCCUAUAAGAAACUUGCCUUGGGCUACCACUUCUUAAGACACAUCAAGAAGGUGGAUUUUCAUGAUGUGAAUGUAAGGACUGUGGCAGAAAGAAAGAGAGAAGAAGAGAAGCAGAAGCACUUGGAUAAAAUCCAUAGAGAGAGAGCCAAGCAGGCAGAGAGGGAGAUGGAAGAAAUGUCUGGGGAAAUCGCAUCCUGCCUGACGGAAGUGGAGAACUGCUUUCGGCUACUGAUGCCCUUUGACCUUGGCCCAACCCCAGAAGCAGGAUUCCUGGGCAUGGCUUCUGGCCUAUCUAAGGAGGAUGUCCCUUGCUCUUCGAGCCUGGGCCCCGCUGUUCCUGGCUGGUCUGGCACCCCUGACCUUCAGGACGAGGAGCAGCCCUGCUGCAGCAGGGACCUGCCAGCCUCUGCACGCCACCCUGGAGCUGUGGUUGGGGCACAGCUACCUGAGGCAGCCACAGGGGCCCCCUCAGAAGACGAGGACAGCGACCCGGAAGAGUUUGUGCGGAGCCAUGGGCUCGGCUCACAUAAGUACUCACUGGAUGUGGAGCUCUGCUCAGAUGGCCUGAAGGUGCAGGAAAAUGAGGACAACCUUGCUGUGAUCCACGCUGCCCGCGACUCACUCAAGCUUUUGCGGAACAAGUUCUUGCCCAUCGUGUACUGCUGGGUCCAGCGGUUUUCCCGCACGGGGGUCCACAGGGAACAGCUAAAGCGCGCCAUUGACUUGAAGGCUGAGUUAGAGCUCGUACUGAGGAAGUACAAGGAACUGGACAUCGAACCUGAAGCAGGGCAGAAGGCCAGGACUGAAGCUCUGGGGGACGACGAGGAUGAGGAUGAUCAGGAUUUCGUGGAGGUUCCUGAGAAGGAGGGCUAUGAGCCCCACAUCCCUAACCACCUACGACCUGAGUAUGGGCUGGAGCCAACUCCGGAGAAAGGCUCAGCUGUACAGAGCUCACAGGCAAGGAUGAGGAUGCGGAGGGAUGAGGAGGCAUCAGACCCCACCUCUGCUGCUGCCCAGCUGCGGCGGCUCCGGGGCUACCUGCCCCCACCCUCAUCUGCCAGCCCCUCCAGGGCAAUUCUGGGGUCAGAGGAGGCCCAGAAGUUGGCGUCAGAGCGGGCCCGGGCACCCGUGGUACCCUUUGGGGUAGAUCUGUGCUUCUGGGGCCAGGAGCAGCCAACGGCCGGGAAGAUUCUCAAGGCUGACUCUCAGCACCGGUUCUGGAAGCCCUGUGAGAUAGAGGAGGAGGUGGACAAUGCCUACGUCUCCGAGAUGUUCCGGAGCCGGCACAUCCUCUUCCCAGGGAGGUUUGAACCUGUGCAGCACCAGUGUCGCGCUCCAAGGCCUGAUGGCCGGCUUUGUGAGCGCCAGGACCGCCUGAAGUGCCCCUUCCAUGGGAAGAUCAUCCCCAGAGAUGACCAAGGCAGACCCACUGACCCGGACGACCAGGCCCGGGAGCAGAGGCAGCAGUUGCAGAAGCAGGAGUGCCCAGGUUGGCAAGAUCUUGAAUUUCUGAAAGAUGUGGAACUUGCCACUGGAGAGGAUCUCGGCUCAGCCAGGCUUAGUGGAAAAGGCAAAGGGAAGAAGAAGAAGUACCCCAACCUCACCAACCUGAAGGCACAGGCCGACACUGCCCGGGCUCGUCUUGAGAAAAAAGUCUUUGCCAAGGCAGCUGUGAGGAGGGUAGUCUCAGCCAUGAACCAGAUAGACCAGAAGAAGCACGAGAAGUUCUCAAACCAGUUUAACUAUGCACUGAAUUAGAGAGCUGGCCCAGGUGUGCUGUGGUCCCCUCUGGUCAUCAGUUCCUCAUCUCCAUCUGUCCUCACACUAGGACAGGAAAGUGGGCACAGGGCAGUAUCCAUAUCUUGCCUAUUAUUGUAUGUGUUUAACAUAAGGAAAUGAUGCAUUCAAAUGUCCUGGGAGCAUGGCCUCUCUGCCUCCAUGAAGGGCCACCACCAUCUGGAUGCAUGCCUGGCCUUGAGCCUGGGGAUGUGGACAUGGGCAGUGGGCAUCUCAAAAGUUCUUGUGAGGCCUGUAUGUGUUGUGAUAUGUGGUUCAGAAGUGAUGUAAAGUACACGCAGUGCAAUGUUCAGAACAUGUUCCCCAGUCAGGAAGCCACUCAGAGGAACUCUGGGAAACCUACACUAUUAUGCAGAUACUGCUUUUAACACAGACAUCAGGGGUUUGCACUUGUGUCUCCAGCUUCAUAGGACAGUAUCCUGUUGACAGUUUCAGAUCAUA